AUGCUGUUAUGGGGGGCCCUCCACAGGGACCAAUUUGAAGAGGACAAACAGUUAAUUGUCUGGAUCCUCUACCACAUGGAGGAUAAAGCCGCCAAUUGGGCACUCCCUAUUAUUGGGAAUAUCAUCAAGGGCGAAGCCAAUGCCCCCACAACCAUCCCUGCCAUGACAGCCAAGUUCAAGGAAGCCUUUGCGGAUCCUGAUGCUAAAAGGGCAGCCGCAAGGAAGAUAGCCGCGCUGACUCAGACAACCACCACGUCUGAGUACGUCACCAAGUUCCGGAACCUCAUUGCAGAAUUGGACUGGAACAAAGAGGCCUAUAUUGCCCAGUUCACGCGCGGCCUUCAUUGGAAGGUUAAGGAACUCUUGUCCACCAAGGACAACAUCCCAGACGAAUUGGAGGCUAUAUUUGCUGCCUCCAUUAAAAUCGAUAACACCCGUAGGGAGAACGAAGAGAACCGCCCCAAAAAGGCACCAGCCAAGUCCCCGGCCACCGUGGCCACCACCUCCACCACCACUACACAACGGGUCCGCCUAUCCGAGGACCCCAACUAUGUCACUCCGGAGGAACGGGAUCGUCGCUGCGCAUCAGGGCUUUGCGUCAAGUGCGGUCAAAAGGGUCACGGAAUCAAACAGUGCCCCAACGGCUGGAAAGCCACAAUCAAGGAGGUUGCCAAAGUGGCAGAAGAAGAGGAUAAUCUUGUAGAAUUUGUUUCUGUUGGUCUGGAUUCAAAUAAAAAACCUCUAUUAUUCAUUGAUCUACACGUCCAAAAUUCCCAGGCAGAACCCAUCAAGACCCUCAUUGAUUCAGGAGCCACAUCAAACUUUAUCUCCCCCUCGAUUGUGGAAAAAUAUAAAAUCCCAAAAACCCAACUCAAAAAUCCACAAGUUGUGAGAAUGUUAGAUGGUACUAUAUCCCAGACUGGUCGCAUUUGGCACCAGGUUCAACUUGCGGUUUUGGCCAAUGGCCAUUCACAUCACAUCCCUUUCCUUGUUUGCCCUAUAGGCAACACCCCGGCUAUUCUAGGCAUGACAUGGCUCACUUCAGAAUCUCCUUUGAUUGACUGGCAACAGGGACAUAUUACAUUCCCCGAUCAGGCCCAUAUAGCAUCCAAGGAAGAAGCAGAUACCAACCCAUUGGCGGACCUCCCAGAACAAUACCACGAAUUUGCCAAAGUCUUCGGCAAAGAAGAGUUCAAGGUCCUUCCCCCACAUAGGGAAUACGACAUCUCCAUUGACCUUGUCCCUGAUGCCAAGCUCUCCCCUGGACCAAUUUAUGGUAUGACAGACGCCGAGUCCAAGGCCCUCAAGCAACAUAUUGAGGAAGAACUAGCCACAGGUAAAAUUUGCCCCAGUACCUCCUCAGCAGGCGCCCCGGUUAUGUUUGUUAAAAAGGCAGAUGGCUCUCUCAGAUUGGUAGUUGACUAUAGGAAGUUAAAUGACGUCACGCACAAAAACGUUUACCCACUCCCAAGGCAAGAUGACUUGAUGGCCAAGCUUAGGCAUGCGAAGAUGUUCACCAAGCUAGAUCUACGCUGGGGUUACAACAACGUCAGGAUCAAGGAAGGGGAUGAAUGGAAAACGGCAUUUAGGACUAAAUAUGGGCUGUUUGAAUAUCUAGUAAUGCCUUUUGGCCUUACCAAUGCCCCUGCCGCCUUCCAGCAUUUCAUGAACGACUUGUUCAGAGACCUCAUUGAUGUAACCGUGGUCAUAUACUUGGACGACAUCCUAAUCUUCUCCAAAAACCCUGAAGAACACCCUAACCACGUCAGGGAAGUCUUGUCAAGACUCAUGAAGAACCAGCUGUUCUGUAAACUGUCAAAAUGCCAUUUUCACGUCACCACAGUGGAUUACCUGGGAAUUGUCAUUUCCCCUGCUGGAUUCUCCAUGGAUCAAAAGAAGAUUGAGGCAGUCACGUCAUGGCCCACUCCCAGAACGGUGAAACAGGUUCAGGCCUUCUUAGGUUUUGUCAACUACCUCCGCCGGUUUAUUCCCAAUUUCAGUCUGGUUGCACGCCCCCUUCACAACCUCACAAAAAAGGAAAUCCCAUGGUCCUGGGGAACCCAAGAAGAAGAGGCCUUCCAAGAACUGAAAUCCCUAGUCACAAAAGCCCCAGUCCUGAUUCAUUCCAACCCAAAUCUACCCUACUACCUAGAAACAGACGCAUCAGGGGUAGCCAUGGGAGCAAUUCUGAGUCAACGAGGGGAGGAUAAUCGUCUUCAUCCAAUCGCAUAUAUGUCCAAGUCCUUCUCCGGUGCUGAAGCUAACUAUGACACGCACGACAAAGAGCUACUAGCCAUCAUCAGGGCUCUUGAGGAAUGGCGCAUAUUCUUAGAGGCAACAGACAAGCCAAUUCAGGUCUUCACAGACCACAGGAACCUCGAAUACUGGAUGCAGGCUAGGACUUUCAACCGACGGCACGCAAGAUGGCGUAUAUUCCUGAGCGAUUUUAACUUUGAGAUCCAUUACCGCCCGGGAAAACAAUCAGGAAAGCCAGACGCCCUCUCCAGAAGAGCGGACUACGUAGAAUCCACCCAGGAUCCAGAAGUUAUGCUACCGGCUGAGGUUUUCGCGAAUACAUCAGAAGAAGAGCUUGAAAUAGUCACGGAAAUCCGCACCAAGCUCAGAGAAGACCCCUCCCUAGAGCCCAUCAUCCAAUUCCUCACAGAAGACGCGGACAACGCUCCUCCCUCAAUUCGCAAGGCUUACAGAGACUAUGACUGGGAAGAAGAUCUCCUCUGGUACCGAGGCAAACUAGUUGUCCCAGACGCCGAAAUCCUGAAGGAACGCCUUCUAAGAGAAUUCCACGACUCACCGCUGGCGGGACACCCAGGACAACAGCAAACCUUAGAACUACUCAGCAGGAACUACUGGUGGCCAGGGAUGAAGUCGUCCACAAAGGAGUGGGUAGAAUGCUGUCCUACUUGCCAAGCAAAUCGCCGUGCCCAUGCCCCGGUUAUAUCAUUGAAACCGUUGGAAGUUCCCCCUUUUCCGUUCCAUACCAUCUCCUAUGACUUUAUCACGGGAUUCCCCAAGUCAGAAGGAAAUGACGCAAUACUGGUGGUCAUAGACUUGUUUUCCAAGUUUGGUCAUUUCAUCCCAACUACAAAAAAGGUGUCAGCCAAGGGCCUAGCGAAUCUCUUUGUCACUCACGUGUGGAAACUCCAUGGACUCCCAGUCAGAACCGUCUCAGAUCGAGGGACAACAUUUACCGGAAAAUUCCUAAGGGCUCUGUACCAAAGACUUGGGAUCAAACCAUCCUUCUCCUUGGCUUAUCACCCGGAAUCAGAUGGGCAAACCGAACGCGUCAAUCAGUUCAUCAAGUUCUACCUAAGGUCUUAUGUGGCAGCAGAUCAUUCGGAUUGGGCAAAAUGGUUACCACUUGCGGAAUACGCUUACAAUAAUGCCAAACACGCCGCCACUGGGAAAACACCAUUUGAACUAGUAUAUGGACGUAACCCCGUAAUGAACCCAUCAACCAUUCCGGCCAAUGUCCCAGAAGCAGACCUUGUAGCCGAUACCCUGGCCCAGGAAUGGAAAGAGGCGGAAUCCGCACUAAGGAUGUCUAAGGAGCGCAUGACAAGAGCCAAAGGAAUAAUACCAGAAUAUUCUGUGGGAGAAAAAGUCUGGCUUGAUGGAAAAAACGUGGAUCUCAGAACGAAUUCCAACAAAUUGGACCCCAAGCAACUAGGCCCCUUCGAGAUCUCAGAAAAAAUCUCCAGCCACGCUUAUCGCCUGAAACUCCCAGACACGUUGAAAAUCCAUGAUGUGUUCUACGUAGGACUAUUAUCCAAGUGUCACGAAUCCCCAAGCCAGCCAUUCCCAGAACGACCCCCUCCUGAAACAAUAGAAGGGGAAGAGGAAUACGAAGUGGAACAGAUCAUUGACUCCAAACGGCAACGGGGCAGAUGGUUCUAUUUGAUAAAAUGGAAAGGAUACGGCCCAGAGGACAAUUCAUGGGAGCCGGAGGAACUACUAAAGCACAGCCAAGAAGAGAUCAAGCGCUUCAACCAAGCUAGACUCAGAAAGGCCCGUGACGCCGCCAAGGGCCUUUAA